UAUUUUAUUUUGAUAUGUAAUGAAACAAUGCCGGAAAUAGUCCAUUUUCACCGUUGGCCACCCUCACGGUGACGAAAAAACAAAAACAGAGGAGAAGAGAACACAAAACCGAAAACGCGAUCACAAUUUCACAAAUCACAAAACAGCAAAGAAUCAAUGGCGGACUCUUCCGGAACCACGCUAAUGGAUCUGAUAACCGCCGAUCCAACUCCGUUGCCGGCGUCAUCUUCAUCUUCGACCGCUGCUCCAACUCCGUCAGCAACGCCGUCAACAUCUCAAUCUUCAACGCUAGGUAAACCUGCCACGGAAAAGAGAUCGAAGAGAUCUGCACUGAUGCAAAUCCAGAAUGAUACCAUUUCCGCUGCUAAAGCUGCAGUUAGAACCAAUAUCUUGCCUCAAAAGCAAAAGAAAAAGCCUGUUUCGUAUUCACAACUUGCUAGAAGUAUUCAUGAACUAGCUGCUACUUCUGAUCAGAGAAGUUCUCAGAGGCAAUUAGUGCAGCAUGUAUUUCCAAAACUUGCAGUUUAUAAUUCCGUGGAUCCUUCAUUGGCUCCUUCUCUUCUCAUGCUUAAUCAGCAGUGUGAGGAUAAAAGUGUACUGCGAUAUGUCUAUUACUAUCUGGCCAGAAUUUUAUCUGACACUGGUUCCCAAGGUUUGAGCUCAGGUGGUGGGAUACCCACCCCUAAUUGGGAUGCUCUGGCUGACAUCGAUGCAGUUGGAGGUGUUACUCGAGCUGAUGUUGUGCCGCGAAUAAUUAAACAGCUUAGUGAAGAAGCCACAAAUGCUGAUGUAGAAUUUCAUGCUCGGAGACUGCAAUCCUUGAAGGCGCUUACAUAUGCUCCUUCAACAGACUCUGAAGUUUUGUCCAGAUUGUACGAAAUUGUAUUUGGCAUACUAGAGAAGGUUGGUGAUCCUUCGCAAAAGCGAAAGAAAGGCAUACUUGGGGGUAAAGGUGCUGAUAAAGAAUCUAUCAUCCGAAGCAAUCUACAAUAUGCUACCUUGAGUGCUUUGAGAAGACUCCCUCUAGAUCCUGGAAAUCCAGCAUUUCUACAUUAUGCGGUACUCGGGAUUUCAUCUGCUGAUCCGGUUGCUGUGAGAAAUGCUCUGGAAAUUGUUUCUGAGAUAGCAGCAAGGGACCCUUAUGCUGUUGCAAUGGCCUUAGGAAAGCAAGUGCAGCCUGGAGGGGCUAUACAAGAUGUUCUCCAUUUGCACGAUGUUCUUGCUAGAGUUUCUCUAGCGAGGUUAUGCUGUACAAUAUCGAGAGCUAGAUCUUUAGAUGAGAGACCAGAUAUUAGAUCCCAGUUCAAUUCAGUGCUCUAUCAACUUCUGUUGGAUCCCAGUGAAAGAGUCUGUUUUGAGGCAAUUUUGUGUGUACUUGGAAAAUAUGAUAGCGCCGAGAGGACCGAGGAGCGUGCUUCUGGGUGGUACCGUUUGACCAGGGAGAUUCUCAAGUUACCAGAUGCAUCAUCGAAGGAAAGUUCAAAAGAUAAAGCACAGAAGAUAAAACGACCACAACCUCUUAUAAAACUUGUAAUGAGAAGGUUAGAGAGUUCUUUCCGUAGCUUUUCUAGACCCGUGCUUCAUGCAGCAGCUAGAGUUGUACAGGAGAUGGGAAAAAGUCGCGCCGCUGCUUUCGCUGUGGGCAUACAGGAUGUUGACGAAGGAGCACAUGUCAAUACAUUUGCUGAGGCUGCAGAUUUGAAUGACUCGGAUGAAAGUACACACCCUGAAAGUAUCCGAAGAACUUCUUCAGUAUCCAAUGGAACUGCUGGUAGAGAUACCAUUGCGGGUAUGUUGGCUUCAUUAAUGGAAGUGGUACGGACAACAGUUGCCUGUGAAUGCGUUUAUGUACGAGCAAUGGUGAUCAAGGCAUUAAUCUGGAUGCAAGGCCCAAUUGACUCAUUUGAUGAACUAGAAUCUAUUAUUGCAUCAGAACUCUCUGAUCCAGCUUGGUCAGCAGCUCUUUUGAAUGAUGUACUACUCACUCUACAUGCCCGUUUUAAGGCUUCUCCAGAUAUGGCUGUUACUCUUCUUGAAAUUGCCAGAAUAUUUGCAACUAAAGUUCCAGGAAAGGUUGAUGCUGAUGUGCUACAACUACUUUGGAAAACUUGUCUUGUUGGAGCUGGUCCUGAUGGGAAACAUAAAGCUUUAGAAGCAGUCACAAUUGUCCUUGAUCUACCACCUCCACAACCAGGAUCUAUGCUUGGUCUGACUUCUGUUGACAAAGUGUCUGCAUCUGAUCCAAAGUCAGCUCUUGCAUUACAAAGACUAGUCCAAGCUGCUGUUUGGUUUCUUGGAGAGAAUGCAAAUUAUGCUGCUUCCGAAUAUGCUUGGGAAUCUGCUACCCCUCCUGGUACUGCGUUGAUGAUGUUAGACGCUGACAAAAUGGUAGCUGCUGCUAGUUCCCGUAAUCCUACUCUUGCUGGUGCCUUGACCAGGCUUCAGAGGUGUGCAUUCAUUGGAAGCUGGGAGAUUAGAAUCAUUGCUGCUCAGGCUCUUACAACAAUGGCAAUUAGAUCUGGUGAACCUUUCAGGUUACAGAUUUACGAGUUUCUGCACACUUUGGCACAAGGUGGUCUGCAGUCACAGCUCUCUGAUGUGCAUCUUAGCAAUGGGGAAGAUCAAGGAGCAAGUGGUACAGGCCUGGGAGUUUUAUUAAGUCCUAUGAUAAAGGUUCUGGAUGAGAUGUAUAAAGCACAGGAUGAUUUGAUCAAGGAAGUACGUAAUCACGACAAUGCUAAGAAAGAGUGGACUGAUGAUGAAUUGAAGAAAUUAUAUGAAACCCAUGAAAGGCUGCUAGACCUUGUCUCAUUGUUUUGUUAUGUUCCAAGAGCAAAGUAUCUACCAUUGGGUCCAAUAAGUGCCAAGCUCAUUGACAUCUACCGUACACGCCACAAUAUUAGUGCAUCAACUGGUUUGAGCGAUCCAGCUGUUGCCACUGGUAUAUCUGAUCUCAUCUAUGAAUCAUCCAAAACACCAGCUGCUGCUGAGCCUGAUGCCCUUGAUGAUGACCUCGUAAAUGCUUGGGCAGCAAACCUUGGUGAUGAUACACCCGCAAUGAAUAGGGUAAACGAAUUUCUGGCGGGUGCAGGAGCUGAUGCCCCAGACGUUGAUGAGGAGAAUAUAAUCUCUAGGCCUUCUAUUAGCUAUGAUGAUAUGUGGGCAAAAACACUUCUAGAAACUACAGAACUAGAGGAAGAUGAUGCGAAGUCAUUGGGAUCAUCAUCUCCAGAUUCAACUGGAUCGGUUGAAACAUCAAUAUCAUCCCAUUUUGGUGGAAUGAGCUACCCUUCACUGUUCAGUUCACGGCCCAAUUCAUAUGGAGCAUCACAAAAUACGGACAAGGCUGGCCGAGGUAGCGGUCCCUCUAUUUAUGAGGGUCUUGGUUCUCCGAUAAGAGAGGAGCCUCCACCAUACUCUCCUGGCAUGCAAAGAAAUGAAUCAUUUGAGAAUCCCUUAGCUGGGACGGGAUCUCGUAGUUUUGAGUCUCAAGAGGAUGAACGAAUUUCAUCUGGAAAUCCACAAUUUGGAAGUGCACUUUAUGACUUCACGGCAGGAGGAGAUGAUGAAUUGAGUUUAACCGCUGGAGAAGAAGUAGAGAUUGAGUACGAAGUAGAUGGCUGGUUUUAUGUUAAGAAGAAACGUCCUGGCAGGGAUGGCAAGAUGGCUGGACUGGUCCCUGUUUUGUAUGUUAAUCAAUCUUGAAUUUUUUGCAAGUAAAAUUCCUUCACGGUGCAAAUGGCCUCCCCUCUCUUAUCUCCAGCAUUGCUUUUCAACCGUUCACCAUGUUCCUGGAUAUUAUCCUCUAAUUUUUUAAUAUAUAUAUCCUGUAUCCUUGUGCCCAAUUUGUCGUGUUGUAUAUGCUAUAAAAGUAUCACUUUCCAUGGUAAUUGCUUACCAAACAUUCAUCCCAGGCAUUUCAGCUUACCAAACAUUUCAGUUUACCUGAAUGAGUGUUUUUUUGCCCUUUAAGUACAGUUCCAUGUAUCAAAUGAAAAUUUCAAGUUUUCCCGGCCAGCAGUUGUAAUUGGGUUGAGUUGUAUUUAGUACUUACAUUUCACAGCUUGUUUUUUUUAGAGAACAUUUCACAGCUUGUUGUAUGCUUGCAUUCCAUUUAUGUAUAAAUUAUAUAAUUGAAUAUAUUUUUUUUA